CAUGAGAAAUUCAAGGGCUCAGUCACAGGAGGCCUGUGUUCAGGUCCCACUGAUGAUUUUGACUGAUGCUCCCCCUCAUCUACUGUCUCCCAGAUGCAGGGUUGCCAAUAUCCAGAUAGGGCCUGGGAAUUGCCUGGGGUCACAGUGGAUUAGCCCACAAUGGCUCCUUUGGGCGGUGGACUCUGUGUCUUUAUAUCCUGCCCUCCACAGGUUCCACCCUUUGAAUUUCCAGGAAUUUCCCAACCUGGAAUUGGCAAUCUCCUGUAUUCGGCAGGGUUUGUGGCCCCCCUCCAAAGUUCUGUUCAUCCCAGAAACACCUGUGCCUUGAUCCAAGCACAAACCACGCCCCUUUUGCAGUCCCACUCUAGGCCAGCACAAGAUUUACACUUGACUUGCCCUAUAGCAGCAAGAGACCUCUGUGCCUGUGGACGGACAUAUCUCCUGACCCACUUAGUAGCCAUCAAACGCCCCUGAAACAGCCUGACCCAAAGUAACCAGAAACAGUUAAAUUUCCCAAAGGACCAAACAGGCAUAUUUCAAAAAGCUUGAAAGAAGCCUCUCUUCAUACCCCAGUGAGAGGCAACCCUAUAGAAGAAGAUGAUGGAAGAGCAGGACCCAGGAGGACCUGGACUUGGCAAGAGAGCAAGGAAAGACCCCCAUCCCAUCCAAGCUGGGAGAGGUGUUGAAUUCUGGGAGAGAGCUGUGCCAGAGUCCUGGGAUCAGGAGCUCCUGAACUCAGAAGUGCUUUGUCGACGCUUCCGGCAGUUCUGCUACCAUGAUGCCGAUGGGCCCCGAGAGGUUUUCAGCCAGCUCCAUGGACUUUGCAAUCGCUGGCUAAAGCCAGAGAGGCACUCCAAGAAGCAGAUCCUAGACCUGGUGAUCCUGGAGCAGUUCCUGACCAUCCUGCCCCAGGAAAUGCAGCGCUGGGUCAGAGGAUGUGGGCCGGAGACCAAUUCCCAAGCUGUGGCCCUGGCUGAAGGUUUCCUCCUGAGUCAGGCUGAGGAGAAGAGGCAGGCAGAACAGAGGUGGGUUCUACCUGUGAAAAUGGAAACGAAAUGUUGUCAGAUAGAAGGAAGUCCACUGGAAGAAGGGCAGCUGGCUCAGGCCCAGGAGUGUACCCAAGAUGCCCCCUUGUGUGGCUGUGAAGAGGCAUUGCUGACCGGUUCUCUUUGUGGAGGGGUGGAAACCAUUGCUGCAGCUCCAGACGAGUCUCUGAUUUCCUUUGAGGAAAUGGCCGUGUAUUUCACAGAGGCAGAGUGGGCAUUGCUGGAUCCAGACCAAAGAGCUCUUUACGAGGAUGUCAUGCUGGAGAACUACAGGAGCAUGGCCUCUUUGGCAGCAGACAUAGAGGAGACAGUUGGGGGAUUUCAGCAGUUCUCUUUCGAAAAGACCAAGGAUGAAGACUCCAAAAGAGACUCCACUGGGGAUGGAGAUGGACCACAGAGACAGGAGGGAAGCCAUGCUGACAACAGAAAGGAUAAGCCCGUUCUGUCCCAUGUGGAAGGCUUCUGUGAAAUCUCAGUUGAAGAAGAAAUAUCAAGCAAUACAAGAAGGAACGAAGACCUCCAUACUAACCAGAGAAUCCAUUCCAGGGAAAAUGAAAGUUUGGCCUUUGGAAAGACCUUCAGUGAGAAUAUCAGUCUGAUUUCCAAGGAGCAAAUUCCCUCGGGAGAGGAACCGUAUGACUGUAUGAAGGGUGAAAGGACCUUCAGUCGAGAAUCAGCCCUUGCUUCACAUCAAAGAAUUCCCUCAGCAGGGGAUGAGCAGGGGAAUAAGGAUGAUGAGGAAAUGUAUCAGCUAUUGCCAGAGAAAGUAAAAAAAGAAGAUUUGAAAGUAAACAUCAGAAAUCAAGAUGGACCAGAGAGGCACAUGGUCAAGAAGAGGGAGAAAUGCAUUCCAGGCCAACAAUGGGAUUUCUGUGAAGUAAUCCACAUGGUGGACUAUGCAUUUAAGUGCUUGGAGUGUGGAAUGAACAUCUCAGAUCAAACCCAAUAUGAGAUCCAUUUGCAAAUGCACAGUGGAAAGAAGACCAGUCAAUUCUUAGAAUCUGGAAAGAAGUUCCUUUGCAGAGCAGUGCUCCUUAGGCAUCAAAAAAUGCAUACAGAAGAGAAACCUUAUAGCUGUUCAGACUGUGGCAAGAGCUUGUCACAGAAAUCUGACCUUGUUCAACAACAAAUGAUUCAUGCAGGAGAGAAACCAUUAAUUUGCUACGAGAGUGGAACGACUUCUGAUGGAAAAAAGGGUAAUGUACAUAUUAUAAAGCACAAUGAAUUUAAGGAACAUACAUGUUUUCUCUGUGGAAAGUACUUUAAAUACAGAUCAGAGCUCCUUGUACACCAAAGAAUUCACACAGGAGAGAAACCUUUUCAGUGCUCUGAGUGUGGAAAGAGAUUCAGUCAGAGUGGCCAUCUUCAAGAACAUCAAAGAACUCACACAGGAGAGAAACCUUUUCAAUGCUCAGUGUGUGGAAAAAGAUUCAGUCAAAGUAGCAAUCUUCAACAGCAUCAAAGAACUCACACAAAGGAGAAACCUUUUGAAUGCUCAGAGUGUGGAAAGAGAUUCAGUUUCAAUAGCAAUCUUCAAAGGCAUCAAAGAAACCACACAGGAGAGAAACCUUUUGAAUGUUCAGAGUGUGGAAAGAGAUUCAGUCAGGGAAGCGCUCUUCAACAGCACCUAAGAAUUCACACAAAUGAGCAACUUUUUGAAUGCUCAAGGUGUGGAAAGGAAUUCAGUUGCAUUGGCCAACUUCAAAGGCAUGAAAGAAUCCACACGGGGGAGAAACCUUUUGAAUGCUUAGAGUGUGGAAAGAAAUUCAAUCAGAGUGGCCAUCUUCAGGUGCAUCAAAGAACCCACACAGGGGAGAAACCUUUUGAAUGCUCCGAGUGUGGAAAGAGAUUCCGUCACACUGGGAAUCUUCAUACACAUAAAAGAAUUCAUACAGGGGAGAAACCUUUUGAAUGCUCAGAGUGUGGUAAGAGAUUCAGUGACAGUAGUCAUUUUCAAACACAUCAAAGAAUCCACACAGGGGAGAAACCUUUUGAAUGCUCAGUGUGUGAAAAGAGAUUCAGUGACAGUAGUCAUCUUCAAACACAUCAAAGAACCCACACAGGGGAGAAACCAUUUGCAUGCUCAGAGUGUGGAAAGAGAUUCAGUCGGAGUGACAGUCUUCAACAUCAUCAAAGAACCCACACAGGGGAGAAACCUUUUGCAUGUCCAGAGUGUGGAAAGAGAUUUAGUUGGAGGGACAAACUUCAACAACAUCUAAGAACCCACACAGGAGAGAAACCUUUUGAAUGUUCAGUGUGUAGAAAGAGAUUCAGUGACGGUAGCAGUCUUCAAAAGCAUCAAAGGACCCACACAGGGGAGAAACCUUUUGAAUGCUCAGAGUGUGGAAAGAGAUUCAGUCACAAUCGCAGUCUUGAAACACAUAAAAGAAUCCAUACAGGGGAGAAACCUUUUGAAUGUUCAGAGUGUGGAAAGAUAUUCCGUCACAGCUCCAAUCUUUACACACAUAAAAGAACCCAUAUGGGGGAGAAACCUUUUCAAUGCUCAGUGGAGGGAGAUUCAGUUGGAGUAGCUAUCUUCAAAAAUGUCAAAGAAGCCACACAAGUGGGAAACCUUUCAAAUGUUCAGAGUGUGAAAACAGAUAAAGUAGAAGUCUUGCACAGCUUCUCAGAACACAGGAUAAACCUUUGGAAUGGUUACACUGUAGACGAAAGUUCAGUCACAGAGAUGCAGAUGUGAACAACAUUUGAGAACCAACACCAAGGAGAAACCAUUUGAAGGUUCAAUGUUGGGUUCCUGAUCUCUCCUCAAUUGAAACACCUCAAGUUGAUCCCCAAUCUUCUCUUUGUUCUUGCACCCAUUUGAAAACUCCUGCUCAUCAUGUCCAGAGUACAUUUCAUCAUGGAGGCAGGAUGUCACAAGCACUUUUACAUACUCUCCUUCAUUCCAAGGCAGGUAUACAACCAUAGCUCUACUUCAAAGAAUGUUUCAUCAAAGCAAAACAAGAUCAUUUCUAGUUAAUGGGUAAUCUCUGAGCCAUCAAAAUAGCCCAACAUCCAAUAAAGUCAAGGACACCUGGUCCUUUGAAAAGUUACCCACCUUGGAAUAUCUGGUGUCAUUUGCGACUCUUCUCACUGAACAUUUAGUGCCAUAGAAUCAUACAGUUGGAAGAGACCACAAGGGCCAUCCCAUCCAAUCCCCUGCCAAGCAGGGACACAUAAAGCACCCUCAAGAGAUGGUCAUCCAGCCUCUGUUUGAAAACCUUCAAAAAGGAUACUCCACUACCCUCAGGCAGUGUAUUCUGUUGUUGAACAGCCCUUACCAUCUGUCAGACCAGCACCUGCAUUCCAUUGGCUCUCUGCUAGGUCAUUUCUUUGUUCUGCAGGCAUAAGUCUUCUGGGCUGAUGUGAAGCUGACAUCACUCUGCUGCUUCCUUUGUCCCAAUCGCAUUUUCCUUCCUCCUCAGAGUUCUUUGUCCCACUCCAAGUAUUGAGCAGCCACUGCAUACUUGAGCUCUUGGGCAUAAUUCUCUGCUAAAGUCUUGCUCCUGAGUCUUUCUCCUCAAACUGCUGGCUAACUAUUUCACUCUCUGGCUACCUCAUGAGAGGCUAAUGCUCCACCAACUGCUUGGUUACCUAACUACUCCAUCUAACAAAUAAAAAACCAGGGAACUGAACUCUCAGAGAAUGCCCUGAACUUGAUUUUAGUCAUGGACAAAGCUGGUGUCACUGCUGCUGCUGUAGCCAGCUCACAAGAGAAAAGUACAUUAAACAGAUCUGUGGAGCCAUUGUGUUUGCUCUUUCUCUUUUACAAAGGCGCAAAGGAAAAGGAACUACCAUCUAUAGAUGAACUUCAGAGCCAGCUCCCAACAAUUAAAGAGUUAUCCUUAUGUAGAAAUGUGGGCCUCUGUUCUGACAGUGAGGUUUUGGAGGGAUGCCUAAAUAAGGAUAUUAUGCCAUAGAGACCACCUUUCAAAGAAGCCAUUUGGUCCAGGGGCCACUGCUCAGUUGUUGAUCACUUGCUUUGCUGAGAAUAACUUGGCCUUAACUUCCCAGUCAAUCCCAGCUGACUCCCAGUAGGCAACCCAAAGCAGAUGCCAGGAACUUCACUACAAACUCUUUCAGUGGCUGAACAUGCCUCAUUUGACAGCUGCUAUUCCCCAUCAGCCAAAUACUUGAUCUGUUUCCCUGGUGAAUUAUCGGGCUUUGAUCUUCCAAGUCACCUCAGAAUUAUCCCAGAAUUGAAGAUGGUGGAGAUUGAACCUGGGACCGUCAUGCCAAGUAGAUGCUUCCUUCACUGUGCAAGGGGCAAAUGUGGGAUUGCCAUCCAGCUGCCUGAGAGUGCGCAUUUGUGAAUUGGUGCCAUUCGCUGUGUCCCAUACUUUAAAAAGUAAACUUACAAACAGGCUCUACCUGUCUCUAGAUAGUGACAUGAUCAAUGAACAAUUGACUCCCACUUAGCAGCCAGCAAGUCAGUGAUGAUUGCCAACAGGCAGCCAUGUUAGUGAUCCAGUGUUAAAUACUAACAUUUAUGAUGAACCAAAGGAACAUGUAUUGAAGCUACCUGACUGUGGCUUGACUGAGCUGUGUACUGUUUCACCUUAUAAACAUACCCCACCUCCUACAUACCAACAGUGCUGUUUGCUUAGCAGCAGAUUUGAAUCUCUGAUUCUACUUCACGUAUUAGUGGCCAAGCUUCUAUCUGGGAGAGUUGGAAUCAGAGAGUUGGAGGGAACCUCAGAGAUCAUGUAGUUGAGUGCCAAGGUAAAAAAUCACUGCUAAAAAUGGCACUGGAGCUGGAUGCUGUGGAAAAGAGCUCUGUGGAGUUUUUUUGGUUUGUUUUUGCUUAGUUUUAAUUUGUUUUUAGCCACUAACCACAAUUGGAAGCAUAUAUUACUGGAUUAUAGCAAUUAUUAGAUAAUUUAAAUAUUAGAGUGGAUCUGAGUUAAGGAUGUAGAAAGGAGUUGAGAAGUUCUAUCCACCUUGACCUCAUACAGUUGCUGGAGCUGGAGGCAUGAGAUUGGGAGAGACUCAGGGUUUCCUUCGGAGUGCUGUGAAGCUUGUCGGAGAGGCUUGGAGCUGCUGGGAAUUAAUUAGAGUUGAUGAAGAAGACUGAGAGUUGCUGGAUUGUUCUUAUUGCUAUUAGAGACUCCAGUCCAUCAGGUCGAUAAACACCAAGCUUUUUAAUUGUUUAAGGAGCCUCUAAGAUCACUGGUAAGGGGCUGGAGAAACUAGUUGAGGGAAUGCUGAAACUUACCCCUGGAGUGAUUUAGUAUUUGCAUUAAUUAACAUUAGUUGUUAGUAUUGAUUAGUAUUGGGCAUGGGUGCUCUAGACCUAGAUUUACUUAGUGGUGGGAGUGGUAUUGUUGUGAGGGCUGGAAUCUUAAUUUCAUCUUGGGGAGGCCAGUGGUUAUAGGGUGAGGGAGAUACAGCGGUGGGAGAAGGCCAUAUCAAAGAAGACAUUGGUACACAAAUGAUGGAAAAACACUGUAUAAUAUGAACAAAACAACAAAGAGUCCAUUGUGAUAAAAGUUUUCUUUCCUGAGUUUUUGUCAUUAAGAUCCUUAACAAACACUUGUAGUGGGUCAUAGUUCUUUAUUUUGUUCAAGCUGUUCAGCAGUUUUAUCCAAAACACUUCCAAACAAUUCUCAGACAUGCUGCCAGUUCUGUUCUGUUUUGAUAGCCUUCAUCAGUGUCCUGCAAGACAAAUAAGAUCAUGAAUGCUCAUAAUUACACAAAACAGCUUGAACAUACCAGACUACCCCCAUGGAUACACUCACCACUCUGGACCAUAUUAGUUUUUCAGUGAUCUUAAGAUCUGCUACCAGAGCUCCCAAUCUCUUUGAAACAAUCAAAGUUAUGCUGGUUGCUCAACCAGUGUUCAAUCCAAAUAGGUAUUGUACCACGUUUUAAAAGAAUAAAUGACGAACAGGUGUGCUCGGCUGUUAGUCCCCAAAUUUAGGAGUACAUGAGUUUAAAUGGGACUAGCAUUAAUCCAUUGAAGAUGCAAUAAAUGCCAACCCAUUAGUACCUUAAAAUAUUAGUACCAAUGUUCUCCAUUUUUCUGCAUAUUAACAAUUGUAAGAAAUUAUUGACUUGA